ACAGUAGAACAGCCUGCAGAAUGGCCACAGCUACACUACAGUCCUUUAACGUCUUCCUCACGGAGAGACUGACCGCGGCCGCCGUGGACAUCUACGGCUUCGUGGAGAAGACGGUGCUGGACUACCAGGACGAGGUGUACCGGACCCGGCUGGAGAACCAGAGGCUGCAGCGGCUCCUGGACCUGGUCUACAAACCCGAGAUACGGCUGCACCGGACAGCUUUUAUUCGAUCAGAGCCCAAACAGCCAGCGACUCCUCCGUCCACAGAAGACGCUGCUCCGAAACCAGAGGAGUGGACCCCGAGCGAGAACCAGGAGGAACCCGGACCAUCUGAGGUGAAGGAGGAGGAGCAGCAGGAGCAGAAGGAGGAGCUGUGGAUCAAUGGGAUGAGCAGCCGACUUUCAGCAGAGGACAGCGACGACGGCGACGACUUAACGAAAGAACUGAUCAAAACGGUGCAGCAGCUGGAGGACUGUAGAGCAGCAGAGGAGAGCAGAGAGGCCAAGGAGACCCCCGAAGAAGAGGAGCCCAAGGAACCGGAGGAGGAGGAGGAGGAGGAGGAGGAGAGGACGGGCACCACGCUUUACCGCUGCCACAUCUGCAACUACAUAUUCACCAAGAAAACUGUACUGACGUGGCACCUGAAGACGCACGAAAGCAAGUCCGGCGACAACAAAACCAACUUCGACUGUCACAUAUGCGGCAAACACAUCCCCUGUCAGAGCAAUCUGCAGAACCACAUGAGGGUCCACACAGGAGAGAGACCCUACAGGUGCCAUUUCUGCGGCAAGUGUUUCAAACUGAAAGGACACAUGACGGAACACAUCAGGACUCAUACAGGGGAGAAGCCCUUCAGCUGCCACAUCUGCGACAAGUCCUUCAACCGAGGCUCCACUCUGAGGAAACACGUUCUGGCCAAACAUAAAGAGGAGCGACCGUACAAAUGUGGGGACUGUGAGGAGCUGUUCACAGAAAGACUCCUGAUGAAGAGACACAUGCGCAAAGUCCACGGAGUCAAACUGUCCACCAGUCAAAGUCCUGCCUAAGAACUGAAAACACACACACGUAUACACACACACACACACACACACACACACUGGGAAAAAUCUAAACCUGACCAUGUGUGUUUUUCUCAUUUCUUGUCCAAAUAU